UCACUUUUUGGCAACACCCUCAUUCCUCUGUACAAGCGUUCAGCGGCAGCGCCUUUUUUUCCUAUCCACGAGAUGUCUCUCUGCCUCCCCCUGGCGGCCGCUCCGCCUCAUAAACACAGAAACUGCUAACAGUUGUCAAAACUGAAUGAUAUUUUUUCCACGGGAGCAGCUCAAACCCUGGUGUCUGACACACACACAGUUAUUGAAAAGAACUUAACAAGCCUUUUGAAAGCAUUAGAAAGAUAUUUGCGCUGGAGGAAAGAGGGAGGGGCACCCCGUACUCAUCACUCCCUUCACCUCCAACCCAAGAUCACUCUGCAGUCACUCAAGGGCGCACUCCCACACACACACACACACACACACACACACACACACACACACACACACACACACACACACACACACAGACUGAGAGAGAGAGAGAUACAUGCAGGUAUUAACUGGAGGUGGAGAGAGGAGCGCACAAACUGCUGUCCGCUGGAACUCUUCUCAGAGGACAUGAGGGGAUGCGUUUCGGUGCCGGUGGCUGUCCGUCCUCAUCUCCUUCACAUAGAAAGUCGCCUCCUAUGCCGAGCGGAGACGCAGGUAUAGAGUCUUCUUCCACCUGGCAGCCUGCUUCUUCCCAUCCCGGCGCUCCACGCGCCGCACCUCUCAUUUCUAGCGAGCGGAAGGAGGAAGGCAGGGUGGAGGGGGAGGGGGGAGGUUUUACUCGGCGGAGAAGGGGAUAAUAACAUCACGUUAAAUGAGUCGCGCGUGCCUUUUGUGUGCCGUGCGUUAAAGCCGUGGUUAAUGUGAUGCCGGGUCUGCAAGCAGCACAGAUGACUUGAGCCUCGUUCUGCAAAGAGAAGACUCACCGAUAACCAUGGCUGACCAGUACAGUAUGUUUCUAACGACGGCACCCCCGCUUCGGCGAGGGAGCACACCCCUGCCUGUCAAGCACCAGCUGCGAAGGGAAGAGGCCGUAUCCGAGGACUGUGAUUGGAUCCCGGGCUUGGAGGAGCCUACCACGUUGCCUAUCAGUGACACAGCGGUGCCUCGGGAUGAGUCCUUCAGCCAAUCGGCUGCUGCCCAGUCAUCUUACCACAGCCAUGGCGGGGCACUGAGGAUAGUGCUACUGGGACAGAAUGGCGUGGGCAAGUCGUCGCUGGCCUUAUCUCUGGCCGGGCAGUCAGACAGAUCCCUCUCUAUAGACUCUGAGACACAAGCAUGUGGUGAGGGCUACGAGUAUACGGUGACAGUGGACGACGAGGACAGCAAAGUCAUCAUUUUUGACAACUGGAAACAGGACCUCUCCACACUGCAGUGCGAUGUGUGUAUCCUGGUCUUCUCAGUGACAGACAGGCGAAGUUUUCACCGCACCGCCCAGCUCCGCCUCCUUCUCAGGGAGUCCCAGCCACAAACCCCAAUCAUCCUUGUGGGCAACAAGAGUGACCUAGUGCGGUCCCGUGAAAUCAGCUCCGAGGAGGCCCAGUCCAGCGCCAUGAUGUUUGACUGCCUCUACUUGGAGCUCUCUGCCUCCUUAGAACACGGCACCAAUGAGCUGCUGGAGGCGGCAGUGCGGACCGCGAGGGGAGACUGCGUGGGCCCCGGAUGGACGGACGGUGACCCCGGUGCUGGCCGCAGGGAGAGCCUGACGAGCCGGGCCAAGCGCUUCCUGGCUGGUCUCGUGCCCCGAUCGUACGGCCGAGACAGGGACCGGGAUCGAGGCCGCUACAGGGAGAUGAGCCGCCACAGGGGCAGCAAAAUCCUUCGGCAGAAGUCCCGCUCCUGUCAUGACCUCAGUGCACUGUGACACACACCCACACACAUAAAUGCAGGCAAAUAGACACACUCAACAUGAACACAGACAUACACCAAAUUGAAAGACAUGGAGGUGGGUGGGGGGCUAAAAGACUGAGGAGUAAAAGGAGAUCGAGUUGGAGGGACAACAUGAAAAGGACUGGAGCAGGCUCACGGGAAUGGGAAAAUUAGAGAGGUGUAAGGAGAGAAAUUUAGCCGCCGAAGAGGAAGGUCAGGGGAGGAGAAAGUGGGAGAAAACAAUGAACAGAUAGCCCGAAACUCAUUUUGGGAGAACAAAAAAUCAACGAUAAGGAGGUGAGCUCCAUUUGUUGCUCUGGCUUGGGUGAGUCAGGGAGCACUCGCUACCUGAUGAGAGCCGGCGAGGGAAGAUUAGCAUGAGAGUUGGAUCAAACUGGCGAUUUGACGCUUAAUGUCACGAAAUGAGAAACAGACUGGGGUCACAAAUAAACACACACCCAAGUAGCACGCACUGAUAACGUAGAGACUGAUAGCAAUCUAAUGUAUACCUGUUAUAGACCCUGUUUUAUAGCAUGCAGAGUAGACGAUUUAAGACAUGAUCCUGUAGGUUUUACAGUUACACGAUUCUGUACCUCAGUGGCCAAUAGCUAAUGCACAAUCUAGCUAGUGUCUCUAGCAACGCCAUCUCAAAGGCAAGACUAUUUAUAAAAGUGCUCCAUCUCCACGCAUCUUUGGCCACUUUCCACACUGCAUCCACUGUUCUGUCCCCAUAUUGAUUUAAAGUAGUGUUUGAUGAUACUGCCUGUGGCACAUGUUCAUUUGAGACUUUUAUACACGGUUUAAAACGUCAGCACCCAAGCCAUAACUUUGCUGAACGCACCACGAGUGAUCAGCACAAAGAACCCUUUACUGGAGGAUGUGAAGCAAAGGAGAAAAGGUCAAGACGGCUGUAAGGACUAAGCCGUUGGCAGGGAUAACCAGACUGAACUCUUCUUCAAUCGAAGCUGAGUCACAGAACACUGAGAUACUCUCGAAGCGCAGGGGGACAAAACAAGAAAACCUAAUCUACCUGUGGCUGUUUGAUGUAUUCCUUCUCUUCCCUUUUUUACCCACCGGCAUCAUUAUUAUGAUGAAUGAUGAUGAUUCUUAUAAUCAUUAUUAUUAUUGUUAUUAUUAUUAUUAUGUGUGUUUCGACUGAAUUCUGUGGGGGCUGGCCACACAGGUGACCCAGAAAAGAACGUUCUGGAAACGUUGUUCUGAUAUCUCAUCAAGCGUGGGGGCGUCACUGACACUUCCUCACUUGUUUGUCAUCGUCUACUGAGCACUCUCGUCUUUACCACUGAGAAUAAAUAAAGAUUUCUUUGACAUCCAGUCCGAGUGUCUCGUCAGUUUUUUAAGACGCCACUAGAAAACGAGCGCCUCAUUACAGCUGUCAGUCACACUGAGGGAUGGUGUAAUAAACCAUCAGAUGACUCGCAGGUAUUCUGGACAGACUGGGAGAUGGAUUCUCAGGACACUGGCUCCAUUUAGGGCUAGCAGCAAAAAAGAUGCUGCCUCAUCAUUGUGCGCCUGUAACAAAAUCUUAGGUUAAAAAUAGAUCGGAGGAAGGAAUAUGAACCAAGGCUUAGCAAUAUGAACUGCCUGAACUCCACCAUAUAUACAGAACACUUGUAAUUUGUGUGAAGUGAUAAAUUACCUGCUUAAUGAUGAGAGUGCAAAAAACAAAUCCUUCUAUAGCACUCACUCCUAGCCUUUUCAGUCUUACAAACCUGUGCAGUAUCUUGCAGAUCAACUGAAGUACCCCUUUGUUCCCACAGCCCUCUGCUCUGAAUAUGCUCAUUUAAAGUGAUGUUAUAUUGAUUUUAUUAAUAUGAAAGUGAAUAUCGUUACAAUUUUUGUAGUUUUGUAGUUGAGUUAGUAGAUAAACAAAAGCACACCAUUUGCCUUUAGUUUAACCAUUGUUUUUAGCACUAUAUAGGCUAUCUGUAGCUUUGAGCUAAUUACUUUAAGUCUUGCUAAAUGUAACUCAUGCAAACUGUGGAUAAAACAUCAGCGCUUAAGGUCAAAGACCUCAAUCAAGUCAGCUGAAGCCAGAUGUGUGACUCAAUAAAUACAUUAGCUUACUGCUAAUACAAAGGAGUUAAGUUUUGUUGUUUUGUGGAACUUUUCUUCAAGUGUGCAGAUAUUUGGACAUUUUAACCAUUUUAGCCAUUAUUCCAAGCUACAUAUCUAUUCCUUAUUUUUAACUGUGUCUCUGUAACUAAGGAUUUUAAACAGGUUUGGCUAAUACAGCUAUGUCCAUAACUAAUAGCUAGCUAUUUCAACACUUUUUAACAGUUACUUUUGCCUAACAAUGUUAAUCCUAGCCAUUACCUUAUUGUUUUAUUAGGAUAUCCUUUUACUAUCUAUCUAUCUAUC